CGAUCGUCCAUUGACACAAGUAAACAUCAGACAUUCUCUGUCUGAGGCUCGCUCAUUGGUCGUCCAGCAGGUACGGCAGGCCCAGCCUCUCCACCACGUCGUUGGGCAGCGCAUACACCGGAUGCACGCCCUUGAGCCCCUCCACAGCCUUGAGCAAAGACAGGCCAGCGAUGCCGAAGAACGUGUGGAACACGUCGGCCAUGUCGUCAGGCCUGUCGGCGAUGCCCCCGCCCCUGUCGUCCUGACUCGCCAGGAUGAAGGCCGCGAGUUUCUUCCCAUCGAUCCAGUGCAGCCGCCCGAUGAUGGCCAGGGACGACAGAAUCCACCACGAGUAACACACGUCGGGCGCCUUCUCCGGCCGACCGUUGAAGCCGCCGCCCUCUGUCUGCCGUUCGCACAGCCACCAUCCCAGCCGAUCGGCAUCCGCAAAGUCCAGCGCGUCCGCCAGUGCGAGGGCGCCGACGCAGCAGAAGGUGUAGGCGGCGUGCGACUCGGACCCAGGGAUGCUCGAGAAAGCACCGUCAAUGUUCAGACAUCUGAUAAGGACACACACACACACACACCAGCCGAUUGGGAAGGAAACGGGGCAUGGAGUCCGUGUGUGUACUGUCUGGCUGACCGCCCACCUGUGCACGAAUGCGGCGGCUUUUGUGACGUCGAUGAGGUCGAGCCGGUCCAGGAUGGUCAGACAGGACAGACCACAAUACGAAAACCUACACAUGAUCGGACACCCGAUGGAUCAGCUAGACCAUGUGCAGACCUUUGACUGGCUGGCUGACCUGGUGUCCACCUCUCCCCACUCGUCACCACGAAACGAGCCAUCCUCGUUCUGACGAGUCCACACACACAGCCGAGCCGACACAUGCAUUCACUGUCUGUGUGGGCGUCUGGCGAGGUGUGUGAGCACCUGCAUGGAUGCGAUCCAGUGAGCCACUUUGUCACGGUCCAGCAGAUCCAGCCGGCCAACCACACACAAUAUCAGCACUGCAUACUGCAGGGAUGCACACACAACACCAGAGCAGACAGCACAGCAACGAAUCCAUCCAUCCAUCCAUCCCAUGUGCCUCCCUCUCGCUCUGUCUGUCUGCUCACGUGUGUGUUAGUGAUAUGCGGGUCGUGCUGAAUGUUUGCCCCGAAGCCCCCACUGGGAUGCUGGCACUUCAUGAUCCACCCAACCAACUCAUCCAUCUGACCCUUCAACGACGGACCCGCCAAGCUGCCCGACGCAUCCUUGCCACCCUCGCCAUCACCGCCACCACCACUGCCACUGCCACCCUCCUCUCGUUUGUCAGGCCCGGCUGCCGCCGCCUCAUCUUUGCCGUUCUUGUCUGUGUUGAGUCUGUCCAUGAGUGCCAGUGCAGUGAUGCCCCAGUAGGCGCCUCCCAUCCUCAGGUGCUCUGACAUCACGUACUCCAGGCUCUCCUUGUCGUCUUCAAGCGUCCGGAUGAACCGCUCGUUCAGCGACCACAGGAAUUCAGUCGGGAAUUUCGGUGCUGAUGAUGCGGCUGCCAUCCUGACGUGCUGCAGCUGACGUCUGGUCGCAAAAGCGGCGAGAUC